AGCGAUAUAUCGCUCCUUACCGCUGGCAGUGACAAUCGAGGCGACGUCGAGCGGAAUCGAGCGUUUACCUGAGCUGGUCGCGUGAUAAAUAUUAUUGCAUAAUUAUAAAAACCAUGGUGGCCCACACAGUACUUCUGGACUUUACAGUGUCUGGUAGUAUGAUCGCCGAUGUAGAGAAGCGAUCAAACCUGAAAUCGGCAAUUUCCAAUGUACUGGCGGAGCAUUUCACUGGUCUCAAGCCAUUGACAGAAUCCAGUAUUGAUGGCAGUUUGCUCGUUUUAUACACUGGGCCCAGGGGCAGUCUGAUCACUGUCAGAGGAUACACGGAAGGUCUGAUUACCUUAAACAUCGAGUAUUACAAACAGGACGACGAAGAGGCACUUCUGACUUUCGAGCAGUGGCGAUACUUGGAAGCUGAUGUUGCCAUGGCUUUGAACAGCCAGCGCAGCAAGCGUUUACCGCCAGUAAGACGAGGAACCAUAUAUGACCUCUAUCUGACGCUAUCAGACGAACGGCUGCUCGAGUAUGACAUCGACAAGCUCGUGUUCGAGGCUAGAUCGCCGUACCAGAAGGUGCAAAUCGUGCACUCCAAGUCGCUGGGCAAUUUGCUGGUGCUGGACGAGCUACAGAACAUGUCCGAGGCAGAUCUCAUAUACACAGAGACGCUGAUGCAGCGCGGCAAGGAGAACUAUGCAGGCAAGGACAUAGUCAUACUCGGCGGCGGUGACGGCGGCUUGUUGUGGGAAUUGCUGAAGGAGAAGCCGAAGUUUAUCACGAUGUUGGAAAUCGACGACAUCGUGAUGAAAGCUUGCAGUCAGCACAUGAGAAGCAUAUGUGGCGACUGCCUGGACAAAAGAAAGGGCGACAAUUACGAGAUCAUAGUCGGCGAUUGCGUGAAAGCAUUGGCGCAUAUGAUCGCGGAAGGCCGUAGAUUCGAUUACGUCUUCGGCGAUCUGACGGACAUUCCUAUUAGUACAACGCCGCACGGUGAUGCCUGGGAUUUCAUUAGAUUAAUUCUCAACUCCUCCAUGAAAGUAUUGAAGCCCACCGGCAAGUACAUGACGCACGGAAACGGCGCAUCUUGCCCAGAAUCCUUGAAAAUGUACGAGGAUGUCCUGUCGCAACUGUGCGUGCCCGUGACGUUCACGAAGGAUCGCGCCUUCGUCCCAUCCUUCUUCGAGGACUGGAUUUUCUACCAAGUCUCACCGAAAUGAUGGAGUAAAGGAUGGAGUUCGGGCAGGACCUGGAGGACCACGCCAAAGCAGCCUCCUCACAGCCUGCUGCCUCUCUUAUGACCCAAGCUACUCCCUAGUUUAGCCUUCUUAAUUAACGAAAUUAGUUCCUGAGCGAGGCGAAUCAAACUAUCAUAUUGAUCUAAUUCAUUCUUUUGUAACACAAUAACUGGAUCAGUCGCGCAUUUCCUUCCGUUACAUUUUCGAGAGAAUCUGUUUUUUUUCUCUCUCUCUCUUUCCAUGAUCGACCUGAUGACAAAAUAACGACAGUGCUGGAGGACAAAGUAACGGGCACUCUGAUAAUAGUAGAAAUACUUUAUCUCGUGUAGUAUAAAAGCAGUCUCUACAUAAACAAACAUUUUCUUUUAUUUCGGGGACUAAGAGGAUAGUCUCGUGACAAAUGCCACUUGAAUUCAGUGAAUUCAAUUUGAACACGCGGAACACUGUCGAUAUAAUGAUAAGUUUCAAAAGCUGUUGCUCCGUUUACAUCUAUCGGAGAUAUGUUUCUUCGUAGGUGAACAAGUAUUUUUUUUUUUUUCGAUAAUACAAGAGUAAUAGCGUAACUAAGUAAUAAAAAUUUUAAUGCUUAUCAGCACAAAGAUGGCGAAGCUCAUAAUUCAUUAUUCUACUUUUUCAGGUAGGAUUAAUUUUACAAUUAUUGACACGAAUUAUGCAUUUAUUUCAAAAUCUUAUCCGUCAGGUGCGACCAGCAUCACUUUUUGUGUUUUACGAAUUGCUGUAAAAUUCGACUUCCUCCAUCGCUAUCUCAAUAUCGUACUGUUUGCAAAAUGUACUUUGCAAAAGUCGUAUUGUUUCAAUUAAUCGUUGCGUGAAGUAUACUAUACACAAAGGUGCUGAUUUCAUUCGUUUUCUUUCCUUCGAAAGUAGACGAGACGAAAGAGAUUUAGUAUUUCAAGAUUUGUUCCUUUUUGUAUCCGACCGCGCGCUGAGGAGAUCGGUUUUGUUGUUGAUCCUUUAUCAGUGCUUCUGAAUUACUGAAUUAUAUUUACCGCAGCGUUGCACUGGGACGUUCCCUUUCCAGUGCAACACUGGGUUUACCGUACAACUGGGUUUACGGACUGUUCGUGAUUUCAAUCGCUUUAUACUCAAAGUCGUUCUCUUCGUUUUGCCAGUAAAAGGAUUAACAGCAAUAAUGAUACACCCGUGACGUUACUUGGCGCGUGUCACAGCCGAUCUGCCUGUCUGCGGUAGCUCGUGUAUCGAGAUACCUAUGCGAUGUACAUACGUAUGUCGCAUAUACGUACAUAUAUUCUGUAUUGUAAGGCUCGAUGUAAGGACGACGAGAAUUUUGUCAGGAUAAAUUAUUUUUCUAGCAAACGCGGUUCUUUCCUCUGAUUUGAACAAUCGACGAAGCGAUCGACAAAUGAACAUACACCCGUAUAUAUACACGCACUCGAUUAACCCUAAACAGUAUAAAACAUUCUAACGCGUACAUAUCGGUAUACUAAAUUUAUAUACGAACUUUAAUUGUAACGAAAUCUCUCAAUAUUAUACCAAUAAACUCAUCGUUCUAAUGUGAAACGUCACGAAAUGAACUUCAGUGUUCGGUGAUCCGCUCGAAGGAAACUUUCGAUGAUGGAAUAUCUCUCUUUAGAUAAAUCUUAUAAAGACACACACUUCACACCGUAUUAAUGUCAGAGAUCAUGUGUCGCACUUAUACGGUUUAGGGUUAAGAAAAGAUGAAACCAACAAUAAAUAAAUCCCAUGUGGGCAUACAAAGCAAUGUGAGUUAAUUUUAAAACAACGACGGAUAUCUCCAAGUCACACACGCACAUACAUCUCUCAAUUCCCUGUGCGAUCUUAUACAAACGAUAUUAAUUUAUUAAAGACCUCAUCUCUCCUGACAGUAUUAAAAACGAUUAAAUACGGAAGCACGCUCUCAACGUAACGUAAAUCGGUAACGUAAAUACGGAAGCGGAUGAGUAACGGUGAAAUAUACAAAGAGAAGCCUAGAUUGCUCCCGUUCAUUAUGGGUAAUUGUCGGAGCUUUUAUAUAUGUUCUCGAUAACCGAGCACUCGAAUCAAUCGAUUAUAAUAUGAUCGAUGAGCGUACGCACAAUCUAAUCACGUAAGUGCGGAGAAAGAGUCGGAAUUAUGACGUAACAAUGAAUUAGAUCGUUCGAUUAUUUACAACAAUGUACAGUCGUCAAUUUCAUCCCUCGGGAAAAAGCUGUCGCGUGCGUGCGCGUGUGUAUGUGUGUGUGUGUGUGCGUCAUUGUGCUUUUAUCCACUGUCGAGCUUUGUGGAACGAUAUAGCAACGUACGUUGAAUUCCACCACACUCGACUGACAAUGAUCAAUUACGUAAAGGCCGUUAGCCUGCGGUAUAAACUGAAAAAAAAAAACUUAUAUCUACGAUAUAAUAAAUACGCGAUUUUUUUUAAUAGAACAAACAGCCUUAUAAAUUGUAUAAUUCGGACAUUUUAAGCGAUACUUUUCGCUAAAAGGGCACUGAUCGACCUGUUCGAUAUUUCGAUAUUUCGAGGACGAUGAACACGUUUCUUAUAUGAAGCAAAGAAUACCGUGAUGAGCAUCUGCCGCCGAGAUACUGAAGUUUAUCGCGUUCGAUGUGCACAAUAAAUUCUUUUCUUGUA